GUUCAAGUUCACUCGCUCGAGAGGGAGGAAACGGGUCCCCCUCGUCGGACGUCCGCCAGUGGCCAGCAGUCAGUUGUCCGUCCUCUCUUUUCGGGAGUGCUUCACGCGAGUGCCCUUCACGCGCAGACAGAACGCGUACCACUUGAAUUUGAGUACCCGCCCAGUCGCCCGAGAGUGUCUUCGUGGAGAUAUUACGCGCGCGCGGUGUGCAAAGUUCUUUUCCCCUCUCCAGUCGUGUUUUCCGAGAGAUUCGUGUUACGGGGACGACUGUUAUGUCGCUGUGACAGCGCGCCGGAGGUUCGACGAACGGAGCAUCGUCGCCGCCGUGCCGUUCCCGUUUCGACGAUCGCAACCGCGAUAGUCACGCCUUGUGGAAUCACCGCGUUUACGCGGGGGAACUCUCUGUGCGUAUUCCACGCGUACGGACCGUUCGACUGUCCCGAAGGUCGGCGACUGGAUCGACGACAAAAGUGGAUCGCCGUUGUUCCUACGCGCGCUCCGGAUCGACGGAAUCUUUCAAGAUUGAUGUACUAAGAAGACAAAUUAUGGUGGCAGAGUUUGUCGCCCGCCAGAGUGGAUCGCCCAUCAAUGGUGAGACCGCGUGUCUGAACAGCAACAUGCCGGCCACGCACACAAUGGCCCAUAGCGGCGGUCACGGUGCGCCCCACGGUGGGCCCCACGACGUCCACGGACCCUUAACGGUGCCCCUUACCACGCAUCCCGGCCAUCACGGCGGACCACCAACUGCGAUUCAGCAGCAGCAGCAGCAGCAUCAGCAUCAAUCGCAGCAGCAGCAGCAGCAGCAGCAACAGCCACUGCCGCCGCCGCCGCAGCAUUCGCCCCAACCGCCGCACCAUCAUCAUCACCACCACCAGGACCAGCAGCCGCAGCAACAGCAGCAGCAUCAUCACGACGGGCCGCAGGGGCAGCACCCGGACAACUACGGGCCCAACUUCGACAUACGGAAGGAGCUGUUCUCGCAGCGCAAGCAGCGCGAGUUCAUCCCGGACAACAAGAAGGACGACAGCUACUGGGACCGCCGCAGGCGCAACAACGAGGCGGCGAAGCGGUCGCGCGAGAAGCGCCGCUUCAACGACAUGGUCCUGGAGCAGCGGGUGAUGGAGCUCAGCAAGGAGAAUCACAUCCUCAAGGCGCAGCUCGAGGCGAUACGCGACAAGUUCGGGAUCUGCGGCGAGUCGGUCAUCAGCACGGAGCACGUGCUGGCCGCGCUGCCCUCCGAGCCGACGAUCAGCGUGAAGCGCGCGAAGCUACCGGCGUCGGCGGCGCUCCUCUACGCCCGCACCCCGAGCCCGGUGCACACGUCGGUGAUACAUCAGCCGGUUAGCGGCGCCCGCUCGCCGAGAUCGCCGGCCCAGCUCUACGUGCCCGAGACGACCGCCUAUCCGGAGACCGAGAGCUUCCAGUAUCCGUACUCGCACGCGGCGAUUCAUCACCUGGACACGACGAGCGCCCUGAACCUGUCGUCGCGCGGCCGCCGGGCGCAGUCGCCGUUCGAGCUGUCGUCGGGCAGCGGCGACGAGGCCGGCGGCCCGCAGAUAGGCGUCGUGGGCUCCCAAAACAACCCGGCCGCGAACAACAGCCUACCCCAUAAGCUCAGGCACAAGUCGCGCAUCGGCGACAAGGACGCCGCGAGCGCGCUCCUCGCGCUCCAGGGGAUCAAGCAGGAGCCCGGGCCGCGGGCAUCGCCGCCCUGGGACGAGGGCUCCAGCGACGAGCGCGACUCCGGGAUCUCGCUGGGCGCCGAGUGGACCGCGCCGACCACGGUCCCCACGGUCUCAGACGACCGGGAGGUCAAGAUGAAGCUGGACCGUCUCGCCUCCGAGGUCGCGUCCUUACAAUCGAUAUUCCGCCUUGGGAAACCCGUCGGCGCGGCGGUGGCGGCCGCGGCGGCGGACAGCCUGGUCACAGGUCACUCCGCCGCCACGGUCAACGGACCGUGAAGGACGCGGCCUCCCUCCUCUUCUGAGGAUCACUGAGAGUCCUCCCCCUCCUCCCUUCCUCCUGGCCGGAUGUCGGGAUCCUUGGAAAAUUGGGAGACACGGAGAGACGCCCGCCGUCCGGAGGAGGACGUCGUGGGCAAGGGCGACGGACCCUCGGACCGUCGCGAACAACCAAUUUGAUCGCGCCGAGCUGGACAUCGUGUUUGCGAUCGAGCGAGGAAAGGGGAUUCCCCCCGAAGAAAUACUUGGCGAUUAUUUUAAGGACGAAGAGAGAGUUUUUUUUUUCGCGUGCCGCGGUGCAACGCGAGCAGACCUGCGUGUAGUGAUCAACCUACGUUCGUCCGACUCGACGCUGAGGCAAGAGCAACCCUUGCGAUUACCGAUCGCCGGCGAUCUGCUCGUUGCGCAGCGGGUCAUCGAUAAUAACGGGCGGGAGAGACGCGGCUGCGUCUCCGCGAAAAACUUUAAUCCUUCGACCCGUGGGUCACGUUUAUACCUCCCUCUCCCGGGACGCGCGAGGGUUUCUCUACCGAUGAAACUUUUACCCUUAUUGUGAUACGCGAGAGACGUCAGUUUGAAAAACGAAUCCCACCCUCGACGGGUUCGGCUAUCGGUCGAAGGGUUAAAGUCGUUCCUCCACUCUUGGUUCCGAGGCGAGGUGGAGUUAGGCGAUUAAGAGCCGACGCGAUACCUUUGUAGCCCUGUAAGUUAUGUUGUAAGACUCCCGUAGGCUAAUCGUUCUUCUAUUAUUACCAUUAUCGUUAGUGAGUGAGAGAGAGAGAGAGAGAGAGAGAGAGA